CUGUGACUGACGUAGACUUUUGGGGUUCGUCUGGCAGGCGCCAGCUUCAGCAGAGGGGCGAACUUGCAUCACACAACAUCUGCAGCUUCUAUUAUUUUUGUGUUGCUAUUCAGCGCAAUCAAUCUCGGCACGUUCGGUUCCAUUUACGCUAUUAAUUCUCCCGAAUCAGUUUCCGUUAUCAGGCCAGUUCUCUACAGGAUUAAUUCACACACGCUCUCAACUGCGUGCGCACGAGCGGUCUGAACCCGCACUCCAACCCUCGAGUCGACCGUGCGACCACACCUUCGUUGACGAUCUACCAUCGACUAUACACACCCUGCCAAACUAAGCAAUAUAAGUAUGGGCUUGUAGAAUGACGGAAUAUUUAUCCACACAAGAGCGGCAGCUCUGCCAGCUUCUGGCUGACCUGCCGGCUCGCUUCAACUACCGAUAUUCGAAAGAAGCAGCAAAUGAGCUUCUCAACAGCCUCUUCUGGUCUCUGGCUGGUGGUAAGGAUGGCAAUAUGCGCUUGCUAUUCCCAGAAGGCAAACCCCCAGCCACAAUGAAGCUUAGCGAUGCGCAAGGCGCUGUUGAGGGUGCUGAAUAUACCGAGGCGGCCAGAGGCAAACGGUGUGGGCAUAUCUUUAAGGCGGGCGAGGCGUCCUACAUGUGUCGAACAUGCGGGACGGAUGACACCUGCUGUCUUUGCAGCCGCUGCUUCGACUCCACAGAUCACACCGGCCAUAUCGUCAGGAUUUCGAUUUCCUUUGGCAACACCGGCUGCUGCGACUGUGGCGAUGACGAAGCUUGGAAGACACCACUAUUUUGCACCAUUCACUCCGACGUACAGAAUGGCCCAAACAAGGGCAAGGGAAAAGAGCCUAAUGUAUUAGCUGACGACCUGAAAACAAGUAUUCAAAUGACUAUUGGGAGGGUAUUUGAUUACAUUUGCGAUGUAAUCUCCUGCUCCCCUGAACAGCUCCGUCAAGCUAAAACAAAAGCUUCCAUUCUCAAGGACGAAGAAUCCUCUCGCCUAUCUUCCACAUAUUACGGAACUACUGCCGAGCCGUGUCAAGACUUUGCCUUGGUUCUGUGGAAUGAUGAAAAGCAUACUGUUCAAGACGUUGAAGACCAAGUUGCUAGAGCUUGCCGAAAAACAUUGAGACAGGCCGCAAAGGACGCAUUGGAAACUGAUGCAGUCGGCCGAAGUAUCUUGACAUACCACACUGAAAUUGACAAAUUACUCCAAAUGUCAAAAGUCAUGGAAGCCAUCCGAGUAACAAUGACUAUUCGCUCGGCCCGCGACACAUUCCGUGAACAAAUGUGCGGUACUUUGGUUGAGUGGCUCAGCGAUAUCUCAGGCUGCAGUGUUGGUAGUGAUAAUCACAUAUUAAGACGGACAGUGUGUGAAGAGGUCAUGAAACCAUGGAGACAAGGUAGCUUGGCAACGCAUACCUUGGGUGUUAUCGAUGAUGAAGAGGAGGAUGAUCAACGGCUAGACCUCCGGUCCCGCUUGACUGGAAUCAAUGCCAACUUCAUUCUCGCUCUUCAAGCAACCGCUGGCCAGUUGACGGUAGACGGCAACGAUGACGACGACGAUGACGAUGACGGUAUGGAUGAGGUGGACGACUUUAUGGAAGACGGAGACUUUGAUGAUGAAAUUGACCAUGUCUCACCAGUGGGCUCAAUUGCAGGGGCAGAAGAAGAAGACGGAGAGGACGUCAUGAUGAUGGACGCCCGUGGUGAGGUUGGCGAUUUGGGUAUGAACUGGGCGCAGUCUGAAGCUCUUGAAGAGGAUGAGGCCACCAUGGCAGGAUAUCCUCCCCCACCACCUCCGCCUGCUACCACUGCCGCUGGUACAGCUCAGCCAAACACGGCAGCUGCGUCUAUAAGAGAAAGAGACGGUACCCCGUCAGAUUCUGAUGCUGCGGUCGACCCUCUUAUUGCACCAGCCAUCAAAGCGACAGCCAAUAAAGAAAUUCCUCAAACACCUGGCAAGACAGCAAAACUUAUUCCAGGCCCUGGAAGGUACUGGAUUGAGACACCAGCGGAGUACACACAGCGCCAUAAUGUCCCACCAGCUGAAGAUGUGUUCCAACGAGUACGACUGGAUUGGCUGUUGUUAUUCGACUUGCGAAUGUGGAAAAAGGUCCGCAAUGACCUGCGAUCCCUCUACAUUACUACUGUGGUCCAGGUACCUGAAUUCAAGCGUGUUUUGGCCCUGCGAUUUGCUAGUCUCUACACAAUUCUUGCCCAACUUUACCUCGUGGGCGACAGAGAGCCUGACCACUCCAUUAUCAACUUGUCCCUACAAAUGCUGACUACGCCGUCGAUAACGGCUGAAGUAGUAGAAAGGGGAAAUUUCAUGAGCAGCCUGUUGGCAAUCCUGUACACGUUCUUGACGACUAGACAAGUCGCACAUCCAUGGGAUAUCUCACCUGAUGCUGUCUUAGGAUUUGAAAGUGGUUCCGUUACAAACCGACGCAUGUACCAUUUCUACCAAGACCUUAAGUAUCUCUUUGGAGCUACUCAUGUCCAAGAAAAGCUCAGAAGUGAACAACGCUAUCUAAUGCAAUUUCUAGACCUCGUCAAGCUUCAUCAAGGAAUUGGACCCAACGUUCGUGCUGUGGUUGAGCAUGUCGAAUACGAAGCCGAUUCUUGGAUAACAGCCUCGAUGGUCACUCGUUAUAUCAAUCUCCAGGCCCGUAUUGUUACAGAGGCCUUCAGAGACUGCCCACCCGACGAGAGUCAUUACUUGCAACGUGCGAUCCGCUUUACAGCCAAGACUGUCAUACUCAAUUCGAUAGGUGCAGAGAGACAGAGAUUCAAAGCUGCCGAAAUUAAGGAUGAGGUCCGAUUCAAAACAGUAGGCGAUUUUGAGUUUGACAACGAGGCUGCUUCAUAUGAAGUUGUCAAAUUCUUGGUUGAAAAGGAUUCUAUCAGCUUCCACCACGCACUGCAUUACACUCUUUCAUGGCUGAUUGAAUGUGGCAAGACACUCUCUGCAGACCAUGUCCGAGUAUUGCUCAGCUUUACAGCACAAGAACUAAAAGCGACACCACGACUCAUGGGUCGUCCCCAGCUCCCAAAGAAAGAUUAUUCCGCCGAAGACUAUCUUAUGGCUGCCUUCGACUAUCCAUUAAGAGUAUGUGUCUGGCUUGCACAAAUAAAAGCCAACAUGUGGGUGCGAAAUGGCAUCAGCCUCCGUCAUCAAGCUAUCCAAUAUAAGGGCGUUGGGCAAAGAGACGUGUCGCACCACCGAGAUAUCUUUCUGUUACAAACUGCCAUGGUUAUAUGCAACCCAAGCCGUGUACUAGCUUCUAUUAUUGAUCGCUUCGGCAUGGACGGCUGGGUCAAGGGCCUGUUCGAACUAAAGUCGGAAGCACAGGAUGACAGUCAGCAUCUCGAUGUCGUUGAAGAUAUGAUUCACCUUCUUAUUGUUCUCCUCAGCGAUAGAACAUCUUUGAUUGCUUCAUCGGAAGAGCCAAAUUCUCGUCUUUUAGCAAUGAGGCGCGAUAUCACUCAUGUUUUAUGCUUCAAGCCGCUUUCAUUCAACGAAAUUGUGAAUAAGCUUCCAGAAAAGUACCAAGAGCAAGAAGAUUUCCAUGAAGUCUUAGAUGAAAUGACCAUUUUCAAACCCCCAGAGGGCGUGUCGGACGUCGGAACGUUCGAGUUACGACAAGAAUUCAUUGAAGGCAUUGAUCCCUACAUUGCCCACUACAACAAAAACCAACGUGAAGAGUCUGAAAUGGCUUAUCGUAAGAAGAUGGCAAAGAAAACGGGCAAAUCCGUCGAAGAAAUUGUGUAUGAACCUAAUCUGCGCCAGAUUCCAUCUGGGCUGUUCCAGAACUUGGCACAGUUCACCAGUACGGGUAUUUUUGCACAAAUUAUCUACUAUUCGCUGCUUUAUCCCUUGGUGGCACCCAGAUUCACACCAACUGUACCAGCCACUCGAUUGGAAACCUUCCUCCAAGUUGUGUUGCAUCUCAUGCUUAUUGCAAUCCACGAGGACAAAACUACCGAAGGUGACGUUGAGCAAGAGGGAAAGAAGUCAUUUGUUCACACAGCCUUGACCAAACCAGCUCUCAGUAUCAUGCCUGAUGCCAGCAAUGCUAGAACAGUUGUGGCCCUUCUCCAUACAAUGUCCACCAAAGAGGAAUUCAAGGCUGCGCAACCACGUAUUUCAUUGAUCCUCAGGCGCUUGAAGCAGCACCGCCCCAGCGGCUUUGGUAAUGCCCUCUCGCAUUUAGGAAUAGCGGUGGAUCGACUGGACACUGCGUCCCCAGCGAACAAUUCCGCCGAAGAGGAACGAGAAAGAAAGAAGAAGGCAGCCUUGAGUAGACAGGCUAAAGUCAUGGCCCAAUUUCAGCAACAGCAAAAGAGUUUCCUUGAAAGCCAAGGUGAAAUCGACUGGGGUUCCGACAUUGAUGAGGAUGAAGGAGAAGAACACGAUGAAGAGAAAACUCACAAUUGGAAGUACCCAACUGGAACGUGUAUCCUAUGUCAGGAGGAGGCAGAUGAGCGUCGCCUCUACGGUUCCUUUGCUCUCCUCAACAAUAGUCGAGUCUUGCGCCAGACCAAUUUCCAAGAUCCAGACAUGGUCCGAGAAGCUUCUCAAACGCCAUGUAGCCUAGACCGGUCAGCGGAGGACAUACGACCCUUUGGAAUAGCGCGAGAAAACCGAAAGAUGGUUGAGAAGCUAAAUUCGUCUGGUGAAGUUUUCCUCGCUGAGAGACAGACCAUUGGCAAGGGUGUUGAAGGCAAGUUCUCUCGCACCGGGCCAAUUGCCAGUGGUUGUGGGCAUAUGAUGCACUUCCGCUGUUUUGAACAAUAUUACGACGCUACUAGUAGACGCCAUGCCCAGCAGAUUGCUCGACAUCAUCCAGAGGAUACAGCACGCAACGAAUUUGUCUGCCCUCUAUGCAAAGCACUUGGAAACACGUUCCUACCCAUUGUUUGGAAAGGUAUGGAUGAAUCAUACCCAGGUUACCUACAAGCUCAAACGUCGUUCGAUGAACUGUUGGAAAGCCAAAUGAGCUCUGCGUACUGGCUAGGAAGCAGCAAGACAACUGGUCCACCAGGAACUGCCGCCUCAGAAGCGCAUACACCUAGUCUUCCUGGUAGCCUUAUCGAAACUAUGAUCGCACCGUCUUCUACUACGGAGGCACAAUGGGGUCGUGAAGAGGCUCAGCCGCCGCAAGAGAUGCUACUCUCGCCGACUGCCGAGUCUGAGACAGGAUUUCAAAUGCAGCAGCCCACAUCAAUGACGAACCCGUUGAUUCGAGAUCUUGUGAGCGCCUAUCGUCGACUCAGAGACACAUUGAAAGUCAAUGACCUUGACCCUGAUCAAGAUCUGGACAUAUCUUCUUCCAAUAAUACUGACCUUCACUCAAGCGCUGCCCUGGCUCAAGGAAUGGGUUACAGCAUUUCUGCUGUAGAACUCCAGCAAAGAGGCAUUGAGGCUGAACCAGGUCGCACCCUUCUGGAUAAGAUCUCCGAACAAUCACUUACCAAUCUGCGAGUGUUCUCAGAAACUGUUUCAUCUUUCAUAUCCGUCGGAACACAUUACGCGGGUGCCGAACUUCAGAAGGAUUUUGACCAAGACGCAGAACGACAGCAUUGUCAGCUUUUCAUCGCCCGGUACUUUGGGGCUGGAACUGCCAACACACGACGCCCGGUAGACACAUAUACACCACUACUGAGCUUGGAUACAUUUGUCUUUCUCACCGAGUGUGCGUAUGGAUUGGUUCCAACACACAAGAUUGAAAUUUCUCACAUAAUGCGCCUCUGUUAUUUGGCUGAUAUUGUCAAGACCAUUUUCCACAUGUCUCGCAACAUCUCGCAAGACAAAUGGCUACAUGAAUUGACAAACCGAACCUCUCAAGAUCCAGCGAUACACAAUUUUGCAGAGUGGGCACUCUCAAUCACCAAGUUUAGUAUGGAAUUCGAAAAGGCACGAAUGACGAAUUCAGAUGACACUCAGUCUGAGUUUGAGAAUCUUGGAUUUCAACAACCUGGAGUUGAUUCUCUUGAAGGAUGGUACACAUUCGCGAAGAAAUAUGCACUGAUAUUCCUACGUAAAUGUGUCAUUCUACUAAACGUCAAGUACGGCGUGGAUUUCAAUGGCCAUCUCUCUCAGCAGCCCGAGGCAGAUGAACUCGAUCGAUUAACAGAAGCAUUGCGCCUUCCCAACUUCGACGAGAUGUGUGCAGCAUUGACACCAAAUGCUGGCGCCUGUGGCUGGUCUGAAAAGACGAGUGGUUUAGUUUCUGGCUGGAUCAAGCAUCAAAUAUGGUGGCCAAGGUCUCGCGAUGAGCUGCCCGUAUCAGCCAUGCUGGGCCACCCUGGCAUUUUCGAGCUCAUCGGUCUUCCUAAGACCUAUGACACUUUGAUUGAAGAAGCGACAAGAGGACGCUGUCCCACAACAGGAAAGGAUCUUACAGAUCCGGUAAUAUGCCUGUUUUGUGGUGAGCUCUUCUGCAGUCAGGCGACCUGUUGCCAGAAGCCUGAUAGCUCCGGAUCUGACAACAAUAAAAUCGGCGGCGCUCAACAACAUAGAAAGAAGUGUCAACAAAACAUUGGCGUGUUCCUCAAUGUCCGCAAAUGCACAAUUCUGUACCUAUUCCGAAAGUCUGGCUCCUUUACACAAGCACCAUACACGGAUAAGUACGGAGAAACAGAUCAUCAGCUGCGCCAUGGCCGGCAGCUUUUCUUAAACCAGAAGCGAUAUGAUUCCAUGAUCCGAUCAACAGUCUUGAAUCAUGGCGUCCCUAGUCUUAUCUGCCGCAAGCUCGAAGCUGAUAUCAAUCAUGGGGGAUGGGAUACUCUCUAAUGAGACAGUAUUUUUAUGAGAUGAAGAAUAUUAUGAAGAAACAGUCAAACUAAAAAUGGCUGACGUUUUUUGAUAGCUGGAGUGGUUCCAACGGAGGUGAUAUCCAAGAAAAUGAGGGUGUUGUUUAUAACUGGAGUAGAGACUUACAAAUAGACGAAGAUAUGCAUAUUUAUUUUUUACCUUCCAUCACC